UCCCCGCUCCAGGGAAAGUUGCAGCUUUUUCCGCCUCCCGGGAGGGUGAGAAGGGCUGGCCGCCAGAGCUGGGUUGCAGUCUUUCCGGAGCCGGAGACCCUCCCUGAAUUUCGGCACUGGGAAUUCUCGCUUUCUGGAGGCACCUGUUGCAGGUGACAGGCAAGUCUGGUAGCGCUCCUUGUCUGGUUGCCUUGAAGAAAGAAGAGUAGAAGAAAAAGUUGAAUAAAUCAUGUCGGAGUUACUGGACCUUUCUUUUCUGUCUGAGGAGGAAAAGAAUGUGAUUCUCAAUGUUCUACAGCGAGAUGAGGAGGUCCAAAAAGCAGAUGAGAAAAGGAUUAGGCGACUAAAGAAUGAGUUACUGGAGAUGAAAAGGAAAGGGGCCAAGAGGGGCAGCCAACACUACAGUGAUCGGACCUGUGCACGGUGCCAGGAGAGCCUGGGCCGUUUGAGUCCCAAAACCAAUACUUGUCGGGGUUGUAAUCACCUGGUGUGUCAAGACUGCCGCGUACACGAAAGCAAUGGUACCUGGAGGUGCAAGGUGUGCGCCAAGGAAAUAGAGUUGAAGAAAGCAACUGGGGAGUGGUUUUAUGACCAGACAGUGAAUCGCUUUGGUUCUCGCACAGGUAGUGAGAUAAUCAGGAUGUCCCUGCGCUACAAACCCGCAGUAAGUAAAAGAGAGGCAGUGCAACAGUCCCACCGUCAGAUACAGGUUGGUGACAUCUGGCCGGGAAGAAAGAUCAUUCAGGAGCAGCAGAGGGACCCCAGUGUGCUAUUUGAAGUGCCAAAGCUGAAAAGUGGAAAGAGUGCAUUGGAAACUGAGAGUGAGAGUCUGGAUAGCUUCACAGCUGACUCAGAUAGCACCUCCAGGAGAGACUCUCUGGAAAAAUCUGGCCUCUUUCCAGAAUGGAAGAAGAUGUCUGUUCCCAAAUCUCAAGUAGAAAAGGAAACUCAGCCUGGAUGUCAAAAUGUGGUAUUUGUGGAUGAGGGUGAGAUGAUAUUUAAGAAGAAUACCAGGAAAAUCCUCAGGCCGUCAGAGUACACCAAGUCUGUGAUAGAUCUUCGCCCAGAAAGUGGCCCCUUGGGAGACAGAAGCAAAUCUGUCCCAGGCCUCAAUGUAGAUAUGGAAGAGGAAGAAGAAGAAGAAGAAGAAGAAGAAGACAUUGACUACUUAGUGAAGUUACAUCGCCAGAAGUUAGCCAGAAGCAGCAUGCAAAGUGGCUCCUCCAUGAGUACAAUCGGCAGCAUGAUGAGCAUCUACAGUGAAGCUGGUGACUUCGGGAACGUCUCUGUGACUGGCAGGAUUGCCUUUUCCCUGAAGUAUGAACAGCAAACACAGAGUCUCGUCGUCCAUGUGAAGGAGUGCCACCAGCUGGCCUAUGCUGAUGAAGCCAAGAAGCGCUCUAACCCGUAUGUGAAGACUUACCUUCUGCCUGACAAAUCCCGCCAAGGAAAAAGAAAAACUAGUAUCAAGCGGGAUACCAUUAAUCCACUAUAUGAUGAGACCCUCAGGUAUGAGAUCCCAGAAUCUCUCCUGGCCCGGAGGACCCUGCAGUUCUCAGUUUGGCAUCACGGCCGUUUUGGCAGAAACACUUUCCUUGGAGAGGCAGAGAUCCAGAUGGAUUCCUGGAAGCUUGAUAAGAAACUGGAUCAUUGCCUCCCUUUACAUGGAAAGAAAUUUUGUAUGGCCGGGUGCAGUGGCUCAUGCCUGAAAUCCCAGCACUUUGGGAGGCGGAGGCAGGUGGAUCACCUGAGGUCGGGAGUUCGAGACCAGCCUGACCAACAUGGUGAAACCCCAUCUGUACUAAAUACACACACAAAAAAUAGCUGGGCGUGGUGGCACAUGCCUGUAAUCCCUGCUACUUGGGAGGCUGAGGCAGGAGAAUCGCUUGAACCGGGAGGUUGAGGUUGCACUGAGCCAAGAUUGCGCCAUUGCACUCCAGCUUGGGCAACAGAGCAAAACUCUGUCUCAAAAAAAAAAAGAAAAAGAAAAAGAAAAAAAGAAAGACAUUUUGUAUUAAGCAGCCCAGAUAUGCAUCCGUGUAUUUAUAUAUAUAUAUAUAUAUAUAUAUAUAUAUAUAUUUUUUACACAAACGGUCUCACAUGAACCUCAUUGUACACAUCUCUUUUUUUUUCGUUUAACAAUAUAUCAUGGACAUCCUUUUGUGCCAUCACUUAGAGAUCUAUCUCAUUUUAAUUGUCGCUGCAUGGUAUUUUUUCAUGUGCCUGUAUUACAAUUUGUUUACCAUUCCCCCACUAAUAGACAUUUAAAUUGUGUGAAUUCCUUUUUGCUCUUAAAACUAUUCUAUAAUAUAUUUUGGUCUUCUUUUGUGAAUGUAACUGUCAGAGAAAUUCCUGUUGGUGGAAUUGCUGAGUGAAGGGAAAUAUACAUCUAAUAUUUUGAUAUCUGUUGCCCUUGCAAAAAAAAUAGUGACAACAUUAAAUUUUCCCUUUAAAUACUAAUAAAAACAGGAAUGCAUUCAAUAGCACAGUAAGAUGAUGAUAGUCAACAAAAAUAUGUGUAUUUCAAAAUAGCUAGAAGAUUUGAAAUGUUUCCAAUGCAAAGAAUUGAUAAAUGUUCAAAGUGAUGGCUAUAACAAAAUAUCACGUGUACCCCAUAAAUACAUGCUAGUAUUAUAUAUCAAUAAAAAGACAGGAAAGAAAUUAUUACCAAACUAUAACAUAUUAUUACAAAUUUAGAAUUUCUUAACCAUUUGGCACCCAAGUCAUUCUCUACAGUCAAUAUAAUUACAUUGGAAAUGUUGCUGUAAACCAUCAUGAACUACUGCGAAUAAAACUGCUUUAUAUAAAGAGAAGAAACCACAUUAACAUGGUGAUAUUUGCUCUUUGCAAAUAUUUGGAGCCAGAAUAAAAAUGUGCUACUGAAACAAAUAUACCAGUUUUUAGCUAAUGCUAAACUCCAAUGAGAGUCCACUGAAACUCACAGAAAUUUUCUAAAACAUUUUCUAGAAAUGAAUAAAUUGUGUAGACAUUUUAUAAACAACCAAAAAAGCCAUCCCCAUAUUAUGUAUUGAUUUUAAUUUCUACAUUUGUCAUUUAUGGUUUUCUUUUCAUUUUUCCCCUAGCGAUCCAUUUGCUCCCAUGCAGUUUUCCCUUGCCUGGAUCAAUCUCCUGAUUCUUUUGUGUCUCUCACAUAUAUUAAACUAUAUCUUCUGAGUAUGGUACAUUGAUCCAGACCUAUGGAUUAUUGGCUUCCCAGCAUUGGUGAGGACCUAGGUUAGCCAAUUAACACAGGCAAGGCCAGGCGUGGUGGCUCAUGCCUGUAAUCCCAGCACUUUAGGAGGCUGAGGUGGGUGGAUUGCUUGAGCUCAGGAGUUCAGGACCAGCCUGGGCAACGUGGUGAAACCCCAUCUCUACAAAAAUUAGCUGGGUGCGGUGGUGUGUGCCUAUAGUCCCAGCUGCUCGGAAGGCUGACACUGGAGAAUCACUUGAGUUUGGACUCAGGUUACAGUGAGCUGAGAUCGCGCCAUUGCAUUCCAGCCUGCCUGGGCUGUGGGAGUAAAACACUGUCUCAAAAAAAAAUAUAUAUAUACAAGCAGGUAAAAGGGCAUCUCUAGUCUGCACCAGCUCAUGCUCUAGAUAUUGAAGCAUAAGGAACAAAGUCAUUCAGAGAGAGCCAAUUAGAGUGAAGCAGCUCUGCCAACCAAAGCCAAAGACAAUAGGCCACCUGCUACUCAUCCCAUUCAUUCAUUCAUUCAUUCAGUAAAUAUUUAUGGAGCACCUGUGCCAGGUACUUUGCUAAGUGUUGGACAUACUUGGAUGAACAAAAAUAGGCUUCAUUCCUGUCUCCUGGCCCUUCGACUUGAAUGGUAGAGACAGACGUUGAUCAAAGAUAACUUAAAUAAAUGUAAAAUUUAUAAUUGUGGCAUAUUCAAAUUCGUGUAACAGAGUUUCACCUGGCCUUCAAAUCUUUGCAAGCCCUCUUUUUUUCUUUUUGAUGGGGAGGGACAGGUUCUGGCUCUGUUGCUCGGGCUGGAGUGCAGUGGUGUGACCUUGGCUCACUGCAACCUCCGCCUCCUGGGUUCAAGUGAUUCUCAUGACUUAGCCUCCCAAGUAGCUGGGAUUACAGGCCCACACCACCACAUUAGCUAAUUUUUGUACUUUCUGUAGAGAUGGGAUUUUGUCAUGUUGCCUGGGCUGGUCUUGAACUCCUGGACUCAAGCAUUUGCCCACCUCAGCCAACUGCUGGGAUUACAAAUGUGAGCCACUGCACCUGGAUGAACGUCCUCCUUUUUUUUUUUUUUUUGCAAGCCCUCUUUUUAAAAAUACGUUGUGUUUUUAAAAAUCAUACAAAUGAUAUAAACUAUUCUCAUUAAAAAGACACUAAAUGUGAA